GCCUGAGAUAUCUGCACGACAUGAGUGUCGCCCACCGGGACAUCAAAAUGGACAACGUGUUGGUGUUCAGCGGUGCGAUCGCGGGCCAGUACACUGUCAAAUGGACAGACUUUGGCACAGCUGUGUCGCGGGAUGUGUACCGCCGGUGGGGUGUAGUCAUACCGGCCAAUGACAUGCAUUACAUGAUGGCUCGCGAUAUCACUGUAUUUGGCUAUCUGUCCGAGGAUUUGGUGAAUGUACACGAAGAUGACAAGAGUCUAGAGCCGCCAGUUCUGGCACAAGUCGUGGCAUUCAUUGUUGAUUUGCGGGAAGGAAAGGAGCCGUUGGCCGACACACUCCAGAGUUCAAUUACCACAACGGCUGGACAUUGCAUGGGUGGUAUGGAUAUGGGUGGAAUGUCCAUGUCCUUUCACACGGGCUUUGAAAAAACUAUCUUGUUUGAUUCCUGGCGGGCCGACAACGCAGCAGCAAUGGUUGGCUACUGUGCGCUAUUCUUUGUGCUAACCAUAAUAUACGAAAUAUUCAAAUACUAUAGACAACAACUAUUACACACAUCCGAGUCAGUAAUAAACAGGGGGCCAACUGUAGCCACCACUGGCACAACUCAAUACACGUCUGAUAGGGUGACCACAAGUGCUGACCAAAAUGUUCAGCGCCAGACCACUAGACUCCUAUCUACGGGACAUCUUUACCAAACAGUGUUACACAUGAUUCAAACGUUUGGGUCGUAUGUACUUAUGUUGGCGUUCAUGACAUACAACGUGUGGCUCUGUUUGGCCAUAAUAUUGGGUUCAGGUGUCGGCUAUUUUCUGGUCGGCGCCCGAAAGCCCAACACCUACUCCGCCUAUGAGGACCAU